CUAACGAAGAGACACUUGAGGGCGCACUUCUUGAAAAUGGCGACUUACGUCGCAUUAGAAAAGCAUAUUUUGUGAAUCGACUUGAGGGGUUAUCCGACAUUUACUGAGAAGAAAAGGACUUUUCAUGUUACUACUUAUACUUUCCAGAAGUAAACAUGAGUGCCACAGAGUUGAAGGAGCAAGGUAACCGGUUCUACGGGGCCCACAAAUACGAAGAGGCAAUCACUUGCUACUCCAAAGCAAUCUUAAAGAAUUCCUCCGAUGCCCGUUUCUUCACCAACCGAUCACUAUGCAAGAUAAAGCUUCGGCGCUGGGAGGCAGCAGCCGGGGAUUGCCGGUCAGCUCUAGAGCUGGAGCAAAAUAACGUCAAGGCCCACUUUUUCUUGGGCCACGCCCUGAUGGAGCAAGAUUUGUAUGAUGAGGCUAUUGCAAGUCUUUCAAAAGCUCAGGAUCUUGCCAAGGAGCUGAAGCUGAACUAUGGCGAUGACAUUGCCUAUACAUUGAGGCAAGCCAAGAAACGGAGAUGGUCCAUGAUGGAAGAGAAACGAAUACAGCAAGAGAUUCAACUGCAGUCAUUCCUCAACAAACUCAUCCUUGAAGACAGGGAAAGAAAAAAGGCCGAGUUGAAAUUGGACCAGGAAAAAGAGGAUACAAAAGAAACGAUUGAAGAUAAGAAACAGGAAAUUGAUGUUGAUUAUGACAGACAUAUGAAGGAGCUAAAUGAGCUAUUUGCUACGGUGGACGAAAGAAGAAGAACGAGAGAGGUACCAGACUACCUAUGUGGGAAGAUCAGCUUUGAGAUCAUGAAAGAUCCCGUCAUUACACCCAGCGGCAUCACAUACGACAGGAAGGAUAUAGAGGAACAUUUACAGCGGGUUGGCCACUUUGACCCAGUGACCCGGAUCAAACUCACCCAAGAACAGCUCAUCCCAAAUCUGGCCAUGAAGGAAGUCAUAGGUGCAUUCACCCAUGACAAUGAAUGGGUGGAGGAAUACUGAAACUGAACAUUAGAUCAUUAUUGGAGCAGGCUCGGGCGACUACAGACCAGAUUGCAAUAGAAAUCUUGGAGCUUAGCAUCAAGUAUCUGAGACAGAACUGGGAUUGCAGGAAGGCAGGUUUAUACUUUGCAAAGCAAGUUUAACGUAUUUAUUGUGAUUCAGGGCUUUUUUUUGCUUUCUGCAUUAAUGGGGCUUUUGUCUCCCACAAAAAUUGUGAUGCGAUCAAGCUAAAUGAGUCGUUUGUCUGGAACUUUCAUUUGGAGAUUCAGGCCAAAAUAGGGCCACUUCAUCACAUCACUUCAUCACAUCUCUUGGUGUUCCGACUUCCAUUAUUUUUUAACUAAAUAUGGUAUCAGCAUGCGGUUUUCACAGCAGGAAAGCUGAAGUUGUGCUCUUUUCAAAUCUGUGAGAAAAAAAAAAUUACCAGGGUUGACAAAUGACUCAAUUAGAUUGAUCGCAUCACAAAUGUCUCCCUGCACAUAUCAGUUUGUUUGCUACAUGGAAGACUAAUUCUAUACCCAUUGUUUCACAAGAAACAAAUUACCCACAGAGAGCAAAAAGAAAUGAUUGUUUCAUCUACAUGUAAUUUAAAGUUAUAACUGUGGGUAUAUGUGUUCUACGUGUAUUCAAAGGUAGUAUACAACAUCUGCAAACAUCAAAAAACAAAAUUACCGACUUAUAAUGGAAUACCUUACUUGACUGUAAUUAUCUGUUUCUAUUCGGCCAUGUACAAACACCAUAUUCUGGUUGUCGCAUACAUUGGUCGGGUCUUGUGCAAGUCCCAAAUUAGGUUAUGGGAUGGGCUUUUGCGGUGAGAUUUCUUAUGUUGAUGUGUUAUAAGAUGGAAUUUUGCGUCGGGGGGGAUAUAAAUCAAAUUAGGUUUUGCCCUUCACCGACGUUUUUAAACACUGUAUACUCCCGAGUGAAAGCUGGAAAAAAUCACUCGGGUGGAACUCGAACCCACGACCUCCUGCUUUCUAGUGCAGAUGUCUUACCACAGAUGUCUUAUCAGAUUUGAACCGGCCACCCGAUCCCGUUAGCUCGGUGGUCGAGUGGUAAGACAUCUGCAAUACCGGGUAGAAAGCAGGAGGUCAUGGGUUCAAGUCCCACCCAUGUGAUUUUUUCCAGCUUUCACUCGGGAGGUAACACAGUGAGUAUACAGUGUUUAAAAACGUCGGUGAAGGGCAAAACCUAAUUUGAUUCAUGUUGAUGUGUGAUAUGGAAGUUCCCCAUGAUUACUAUGUGCAGAAAAAAAAUUAAAAGACUCCAGAUCACUCCUUUGGAUAAAAAAGUUCACGACGAAUCACAAAGACAAAGAACAGCACAUCAGAAUGGCCGAUGACAAGGUACACGACUGUGCUUAAAAAAUGA